AUGGAAAAGUUUGGUGGUAAUUCAUUGCGCAAUGUCAAAGGAAAACUGGUGCCCCGACGUAACAAAAGCAAGCGUGCAAUUGAAGGCAGGGACUAUAUAAGUUCUCUACCUCAUUCAAUUUUGAUCCAUAUCUUUUCCUUGUUACCUUUGAAAGAUUUAGUGGUGACAAGCCUUGUGUCAAAGCAGUGGGAACAAUUGGUUAUGGCUGUCAUGUCCAUGAUACCCUCAACCAUACUGUUUGAUGAAUUUGAUAUGGCUUCAAAGAUCAUUUAUGCAAAUAUUAUGAUCCUUCAAGAUUAUCAUAUUGACUUUCCCCAAAUGCAUCAAUUUUGCCUUCGAUAUUCAAUCAUUGCAGGAAGCAAAAAGUUCACUCAAUUUGUGAACAGAACUCUCAACCUCCACAAUGGAUGCACCAUAAAGCGGUUAAGCUUUGGUUUGUGCUAUGAUGGAUUCAAUAGUAAUAAGGAGAAAAUUGACAAGUGGUUUCGCUUUGCCAUGACAAACAAAGUUAAGAAGCUUGAAUUUGACUUCUCAAAUGGAAUGGCAGCGGGGCAUGAUAAGAUGUCUCCAGAAUAUGAAUUACCACCUAUUCAAUCUGCAUCUAGGGCAUUGGAAUCUUUCUCCUUUAAAUGUGGCAAAAUCAAAAUGUCCAAUUUGGGAGCUUUUUGUUAUCUUCAAAGUUUAGUUCUAAAGUUGGUUUCCGUUGUUUGUUUCUCAAUUGAAGAUCUUGUCACCAAAUGUCCAAUGCUGAAAAGUUUGAAGCUUGAGUCCUGCCAUAUUCCUUUGAACUUCUUAAUUUGUAGAAAAGAUAUCAUGAUUGAAAGUUUGAUGGUGAUUAGUUGCUACACACCAUAUGGGCCUAUAUGUCCAAUUGAUCUAUCAGCACCAGAAUUGUUGAUUUUGACUUUGGAGUUAGGUUUCCUCAUAGCAAAAAUAGAUAUCAAAGCACCAAAGUUGAUUGACAUUGACAUUAGAGUCGAUGAGCAACAUACAGACGCUGCCCAACGACAAGCUUUGGUUAAGUUCAUGGGUAAUUAUACUCAUUGCGAAAGAUUAUCACUGGGUAGUUGGUGCAUUCAGGUCUUAUCCUAUGGAGUGCAUAUCUUGCAACAAGCGCCAAUUUUAUUUCAUAAACUUACGCAUCUGAAGUUGCAAGUUGACUUUCAAAAGCAAGAACUUCCCGGGAUUGCAUAUAUAAUGGAAUGUUGCCCAUAUAUGGAGUCUUUAACUAUAGAUUUGACAAACUCAGCAGCAAUUCGUUGGGGUGAUCUGGGAGGACAUUUUCCAAUUGCCUUUGAAUUUGAGGCGGAGCAGUUUUGGCAAUCACAAGUUUUACCAUCCGUUUCCCUACAGUACUAUCUCAAGGAGGUCAAAGUUUCUGGGAUUUGUGGAAAAAGUUGCGAGAUGUCGAUUCUUCAGUUCAUUUUGGAAAAUGCAAAAGUCUUGGAACCAACAUAUGUAUAUGGUGUAAAGAAUGUUGCUGCAAAACUGGUACAGGUUGGUGAUGGAAUAAACGGAGUGUACUUGCAAAAGAACAUUCUAACGUUUGAGUGUUUGUAUGAAUAG